UAACGGUGGUGCCCUCGAAGCCUGGUGGUUUCUAUUUCUUGGAAGAAUGAUCCAUUAUAUAUUUCUUCGCUGAUUUUCUCUCGAAAUUGUUCUUCCAAUUUGAAGGAAUCGUGAAGGUAAAGGUGAACAUGGAAGAGAAUUUCCCAUAUUUACCGGAAGAAUGUUGGGAAAUGAUCUUCAGUUUCCUCCUCCAUCGCCGUCACAGCCACCAUUUCGAAUCCCUAUCCCUGGUCUGCAAACAAUUCUUAUCCAUCACCAACACGCUUCGCACUACCCUCAGAAUCUCCGAAUUAACUAUUCCGGCGAUGUCCCGGAUAUUCUCCAGAUUCCGGCAACUCAAACGGAUUGAUCUUAGAAAUUUCAAGGGCGUCCCUGAUGACCUGCUCAUUAGGAUUGCGGGAUCUGGAUUGGAUAUUGAAUCGCUCGAUAUCUCUAAUCAGGCGAGAUUUCCGGUUUCUGGUAUGAACUUCCUUGGCUCGACAAUGCGGAAUUUGAGGGUUUUGCUGUGCUCGAAGCUUGGGGUUCUGACUGACGACGAUCUGGUUGAAAUCGCUAAGUUGUUUCCGAAUCUUGAAGAUCUCGAUAUUAGCUAUCCUAUGAAUCCUCUCGCUCCCAGUUGCUAUAGUGAUAUUACGGAUUCGGGGAUUUUCGCUUUGAUUCAGGGCCUGCCGCGACUUCACAAGGUAAAUCUCUCAGGAAAUUCUCUCGUUACUGAUAAGUCGCUUAUAGAUUUAUCAACGAAAUGUGUAUGGCUUAGGGAAAUAGCAAUUUGUGAUUGCGAUUUGAUCACUCAAUCAGGUAUUGCCAAGGUCCUGCGCCAGAACCCUAAUUUGAGUUCACUCUCCGCAAAUUGGAUAGGGAUUCCCUCUCUAAAUUCAGAUCUUAUCGAUUCGUUUCUUUCUGUGAGAAAUCUAAAUUCUAUUGAUCUUUCGGAGUCAAUUAUUUCGGAUCAGUUGCUGAAUUCAUUAGCAAAUUCAUGUUCGCCAUUGAAGAAACUCGUUCUUUCCCAUUGCCAUGACUUCUCGUUUUCUGGAAUUUCGUUUCUAUUGAAUAAAAAUCCUCUGAUUGAAUGGUUGGAUCUUGAAGCCGCCAAUUUCUUGACUGAUGAAUCUGUGGAGGAGUUAUCAGAAUUUCUUCCGCUAGUGAAAUUGAUAAACCUCAGCAAUUGCUCAAAUCUGUCAUAUUCAUCCUUGUUCAUCCUGGCAAGAAACUGCCCAGCUUUAACUGAUAUAAAAAUGAAGAUUGUAAAUCUCCAGAAAGAAGAAGGCCACCCAACAGAUUUUGUCAACCCUAAACUUAUAUCUCUGGAUCUAUCUGGGAACAAGAAUUUGUGCAAUGAUGGUGUGGGAAAAAUUGCUUCCAAUUUUCCAAAUUUGGAGCUGUUGAAACUGAACCACUGUGCAGCAAUCACGGAUGAAGGCAUUGGAGAUGUCUUAACGGCAUGCCCCAAGAUAAGGCAUUUGGAAGUGAAUUAUUGUACGGGAAUCAAGAAUUUGGUGAUGAACUGUGAACUUCCAUCAAUGGAGGCACUGAAAUUACAGAGAUUAGCUAUUGAGGAUUCAACAUUAGCAAUGAUUGGAAGCAGAUGCCCUUCUUUGAUCCAUUUAGACUUGUUGGGAUGCUUCAAAGUGACGGCUGAAGGGGUGAAGGAGGUGGUGCGAAAUUGCAGAGGAUUGAGGGAAAUUAGCUUGUGGGAUUGCUGUGAAAUUGAUUGCAGUGUUAUUCCAUGGAUGGUUUUCUCGAGGCGAUCUCUGAGGGAGAUAAUUCCUCCCAAUUUUAUCUUUCCUACUGCUAAUCAAAGGAGCCUUUUCUUGCGCCAUGGAUGUCUGGUCCACGCUGAUGGGUUUUCGUUGGAUCUAAAGGGCCUCUCGUAGAAUUGUCUCUCUCAACAACAAUAGCAAUUGAAAGAGAGAGAUUCAAUCGUCUGAUCUCAGUUUUCAUUAGAGCAGUUCAACAUCAAUUGUAGAGUAGAUUUGAAUAUCGGAUCUC